AUGCUAGCACUGGACACUGGCUUGUUCCCAGUGAGUACCCCAGCCGGUUCCCCAGCCGGUGUCCCAGCGGCUGCAGGCUGCAGACUGCAGGUUGCAGCCACCGGGUACGUGAACCAAGAUUAUGUGGUCGGUGCAGACAUCAACAUAAUCUUUAGAGCCCCGUGUUCCCACAGAGUCCCUCGUCGUCCUGUCUUGAGUGACGUCAACCAUGGUAUUGUUGUGCCCAAGUAUGGUGCUUGUGCACAACAAGAGAACCGUCGCCUAGCCAGACGUUCCGCUUUUGCUUAUCACAAGGUUUUGAUCCUUGAAUGUUCCCCUGAUGACUCUGGUGUCUCUGUUGGAUCUGAUGAGACCCUCAACGAACCCACCGUUUGGAAACCCAUUGAUAUUGUUGCUGAACAAGCUUACUGUAGCUCUGCUCCCAUUGAUAAUGAUGAUGACAACUCCUCUGAGUGGUCUUUUGAGACUGGAGACGAGGCUGCCUUUACCACCGGCCAAUUUGGAACUACCUGGUCCGAGGAAGACACCGAGGCUACCUGGUCUGCUCCUGCUGCCUCUUGGGCUCUGUCUGAUUGUCCUAUUGAAAUUGAUGAGAAUGAAUCCACUCCCGAGUCCCAUGGCGAAGUUACAUUGGUUGAGUCGCCUUUGGAGACCUCUCGAAGCGAUUUGGCUGAAUCUGAGGAAAUCACUCCUUCCAAGGUGGCUGAGGUUCCAUGCGCUAUUGCAGACAUCCCUACCAGCAAUUCCUCUAUUGACAGCCUUGUUGCUGAGAUUAUUGCUGUUGCAACCUUGUACAAGGGUUUGCCACAACUGGUUGUUUCUGGUGGCCUUCAAGCUGACUCAGAGUUCGAGCUUCCCAAGACAGCUCCAUUGGCGCUAUCUAAGCCCAUUGCUCAAACACCCUCUGACGAUUUGGUCAUUCAGGUUGAGGAAGUCGACAAGUCUAAAACAACGUUGUUGUUGACAAGAGCCAAGGCAAAGCUGACUUCUUUUACUGGUCACGCUUCCCCUAUUUUGAAAUCCACUCUCAUGUUUAAUGGAGUUCAAACUGCCGUCUAUGCUACUCCCCUUAGUAGCCAUGAGACCCUCACUAUGGAGAACAAGAAAUACAGACUUGAUGGUGGUGCCAUUAUUAAGGCCUAUUCGCCUAUUGUUUAUCAGAGCAUCCGCACCCUUUGUGGAAUUGACUGUCAUGAGUUUUUGAACUCGUUUGUUUUGCAGUCUGACUUGACCAAGACUAAAUCUCCUGGCAAAUCUGGAUCCGAUUUCUUGUUUACACCUGAUGGCAAGUACAUUAUUAAGACCAUCAAACGCAAAGAGCACAACGUCAUUGCUAAUUCGGAAUUUUUGGCCGAUUAUUACAAUCAUGUCAAGGCCCAGUCCAGUACUCAGCUCCCUUUCUAUCUUGGAAACUACACCCUUGUUGCUGGUGGAAAGAAGACUCACUUCGUCAUUAUGAAGAAUUUGCUUCAGAAGGAAACUCAAUUGAUUUACGACCUCAAGGGAUCGACCCAUGACCGACGUGCUGGACCUAGAAAAGACAAUCGUGGUCGUGUAGUGUUCAAGGAUCUUGACUGGACUGACAAACACGAGGCUAUCUUCAUGAGUCAAGAGGACAGAGACAAGUUAAUGGUUCAAGUCUCGAAGGAUGUCGAUUUCUUGAAGCAACACAAUAUCAUGGAUUAUUCAUUAUUGGUAGGACUUCAGAGUGACACUCGUACUUGUCAACAACAACCUGUCAUUGGUAUGAUUGAUACCCUUUGCCCCUUUAGUUGGCGCAAGAGAGCGGAGACCAUUUCCAAAUCACUAAUCUUUGGAAGCUCCGCUAUUGACGUUGUUCACCCUUCGAAGUAUGGAGCGAGAUUCCUCAAUUUCGUUCAAUCUGCCGUGGUCCCUAGACCUGGCAGAUCAGUGUCUACUCGUUGUUAA